AGCUCGCAAGGCUUGCGUCGCCCACGGUGCUCAGUUGAAUUCCAUUGCCGUCCAUUAAAACAGCCGACUUUAGAAAACACAAUAUCAGAGUGUGCUCAGUUUUACCACAAUCCUUCGUGAUUAAUUAUUGUCAGGGAUGGCACUUUCGUGAAACAAGGGUGUCGAGAAACACUCUCCGCAUGUGUAAGCCACGCAUCUUCGACCCUGUCGUGGCUUGGCGAAACGGAACAAUCGCUGGAUAACGUUAAUGCUCGUCGUGACUCCAGUUGAGCUGAUUUCAUCGCUGAAACACAGAGGAACUCGGAUGAGGGUUGUGUCAUGAGUCCGGCAGGGUGCUCCCAUGUGAACGCGUUCAAAGUGGACAACUGGAAGCAGAAUCUGCGGGUUAUAUACCAGUGCUUUGUGUGGAGCGGCUCGCUCGAAACCAGGAAACGCAAGGCGAAGUCAUGCGUGUGUCACCUGUGUGGAGCUCAUUUGAAUCGGCUUCACUCCUGUCUCCACUGUGUGUUCUUCGGCUGCUUCAGCAAGAAACACAUCCACGAUCACGCCAAAAACAAGAGACACAACCUAGCUAUAGACCUUUUGUACGGUGGAAUAUAUUGCUUUGUGUGCCAAGACUACAUAUACGACAAAGACAUGGAGCAGAUUGCCAAAGAAGAACAAAGAAAAGCGUGGAAAUUGCAAGGUAUUGGAGAGAAAUAUUCAAUGUGGGAGCCUACGAAACGAGAGCUGGAGCUGCUGCGACACAACCCCAAACGAAGGAAGAUUACAGCCAACUGCACCAUAGGACUGAGGGGUUUGAUAAACCUCGGGAACACGUGCUUUAUGAACUGCAUCGUCCAGGCGCUCACACACACUCCACUGCUGAGGGACUUCUUCCUGUCUGACCGACACAAGUGUGAGAUGCAGUCCAGCUCCUGCCUGGUGUGUGAAAUGUCUCAGCUCUUUCAGGAGUUUUACUCGGGUCACCGCUCUCCUCACAUUCCCUUCCGGCUGCUGCACCUGGUCUGGACUCAUGCUCGACAUCUCGCCGGCUACGAGCAGCAGGACGCUCACGAGUUCCUCAUCGCUGCUCUGGAUGUGCUCCACAGACACUGCAAAGGAGAUGACAAUGGGAAAAAAGCCAACAACCCAAACCACUGCAGCUGCAUCAUUGACCAAAUCUUCACGGGAGGCCUGCAGUCUGACGUCACCUGCCAAGUCUGCAAUGGGGUUUCCACAACGAUAGACCCGUUCUGGGACAUCAGUCUGGAUCUGCCGGGGUCCUCCACCCCGUUCUGGCCGCUCAGCCCGGGCAGUGAUGGCAGUGUGAUGAACGGAGACAGUCACCCGAGCGGAGCCACCACGCUCACAGACUGCUUACGCAGGUUCACUCGACCCGAACACUUAGGAAGCAGUGCCAAGAUCAAAUGCAGCGGUUGCCAUAGUUACCAGGAGUCCACCAAGCAGCUGACUAUGAAGAGGCUUCCCAUCGUGGCGUGUUUCCAUCUCAAACGGUUCGAGCAUUCGGCGAAGCUCCGGCGGAAGAUCACCACAUAUGUGUCCUUUCCUCUAGAGCUGGACAUGACGCCCUUCAUGGCCUCCAGUAAAGAGAGCCGGAUGAAUGGUCAGUACCAGCAGCCCGUCGACUCUCUGAACAACGAGAACAAGUAUUCUCUGUUCGCGGUGGUCAAUCAUCAGGGCACGCUGGAGAGCGGUCACUACACCACGUUCAUCCGCCAGCACAAGGACCAGUGGUUUAAGUGUGAUGAUGCCAUUAUCACUAAAGCCAGCAUUAAAGAUGUCCUGGACAGUGAGGGGUACUUGUUAUUUUAUCAUAAGCAGUUCCUUGAAUAUGAAUAACGGCGAUGCAGGAGCGUCCGAGUCGAAGCUGUGAAGAAGAGCGUCCUCACACACAGACGAAGCUUCUCUCUCAACUAAAUCACAACAUAGAGUUAAAAACAACAGACCCAGCUCAACCAAUCAGCACUGAGCAGCAGGAGGCGGAGCAUACUUGACAGGAAGGGGAGGAGCCUCACUACAGACCCAGACUGACGCCUCAGCGCUCGCAUCUCUCUCUCACUCACGCUUUCUCAUCCUCCUCCAUCACUUUCCACCAAGUAUACGAGGGGAAAUAUUCCUUGUAUUCUCCAUGUACUGGUGUUCUCCACUUAAAGAGUAAACCUGUUUCCUCGUCUGUCGCUCGAGUUUCAAAUCCUGUCUUCGUCCAGCACUUUUGAUUCGGUUUGUUUUUUCCCUCGUUCUCACUCGCACACGCAGAUCUCUAUAUAAAUCUAUUUUUAUAAGUCAUUGCUUUGUGUUUCCGUGUGCUGUCCUCAUCUCUUCUCUCUUCAUGUGCUCCGGAGUGAAUGGAAAGAAGGUGUUUGUGUCUUUAGUCUUUGGUUUGGUUUCAGAUGCAUUGUGAAUGAAGACGUUUUCCUUUCGUGUGAUGCUUGAUUCAGCAGUGUUAUCCUCAGCCACGUGUGUGUGUGUGUGUGUGUGUGUGUGUGUGUGUGUACUGAAUCAGUACUCAAACUUGGCAUGCUGUUUAAACUGGAUGCUAAAAGACUUUGGGGAGGAUUUUAUAAAUGUUAAUUAUGUAUCUAUGUAUAGUAUGUAUGUAUGUAAUGUAUGUAAAAAAAAAAAAUGGUGAAGAAAUAGCAGUGUGUCGUGUGAUUGUUUCUGAACCGGUUUGAGCCUUCGUUUUAUA